CGAGAAGAGUGCUACAGACUCCUCCCUUGGCCGGAAUCUUGUGGCACUCUUCUCGCGCUCGUACGCUACUUUUAAGCUGUAGAAACUCUUACUUUUUCGUCGUUCCUUUCUUCGAGUGAAUUCCAUUCAGGCAAUGGCAUAAGUUAGGUUUACACGCGUGUAAUCCGCGAUUAGAUACGUAAAAUAGAGAUUCAACGUUUAGAUGAAUAUUAUCGGCGAACCAGCUGCGAAGUAGAGCAAUACUAUCAGCGAUCCAGUUGCGUUGAUCGUAGUGAAAAGAUAAAAAAGAACAAAAAUAUUGGAUUAUAUCGCGCGCAUGUAUAUUGUGUUCGUGGAAUGUUCGUUGCGUUUAAAUUAGUUUGGAAACAAAAUCGACAAAGGAAUUUCGCGCGAGUUGGGUAGAUCGUAAUUUUGUAAUAGCACAAAACGCCUGUAAUUGUCGAGAAACUCGACGAUUGCGUUUCGAUGGCUUCAACGCAUUCCCGAGUCUGUCGGUGGACGAGCUUCAGCUUCUAAUUAGACGAUACCUGUAUAUUUGUACACGAUAAGUACUUCGGUUAAACGAACUUAACUAGAUUUAAUGAAAUUACGUGGGAAUCGUGUGGUUCGAAUACACGCCAACGUUUUCAGUUCCGUUUCCGUUGCUUUGAUGAGUACACGUGUUAUAUGGAUAAUCGGCGUUAUCCAAAUAACGAUGAAAUAAUAGAAACAUACUAGGUAAGGAAAUGUUUGCAAAUGAAAUUGAUAAGUGUUUUAAUAUUGUAUCAAGGUGUACGUACCAAGAACGAAAGGAAAAGAUGAAAAUAACAAAAAAAAAAAAAAAAAAAAAUGAUACAACGGACAGCGUUACCAAUAUCGAUGCCUCUUGACCCUUUAUUCACUGUAACGAUAAUGGGUACACUUUGCGAUCGAGACCCCUAAUACGUAAAGCACCGCGAAGGGGUAGUCUUUGUUUGUUGUACGUUUCAGUAUAGCGUCAGACAUUUUUGCGGGACGUUGAUUCAGUGCUGGUGUCGCCGAAAUUUUUCGUCCACCGAUGUUUACCUGUCGGUGGACUUAGCAAUAAAAUUUCAUUUGCCUCCUGACUCCCUAACCCCCAAUCCACCCCUCCGUCCCAUUGUCAGCUCGAGGAUUUACGAAUAGAAGCAAUCGCAGCAUUGAAUCACGCCACACAAGGAUCAAUAAGUUGCGAAUAAGUAUAUGUAUUUUCUCAAUGAAAAUGAUAAAAAUAUAUAUAUGAUAAAAUACUUUCACUGUAAAACUUGUUCUUUUGUAUCGGAACUCCCGUCUUAUCCAGUCUUCCUUCCAUCACACGGUCUAACCACACUUAUAAUAUUCUGUAAAGAAUAAAUUUCUUUAUCAAAUUGUAGAAUGGAAUAUUCCACAACGAACCAGCAAAAACUUAACAGUUCAAUCGAACGAACUGCUAUAUACGUUGUCCAUCACUGGUAAAAUCCCCUGCUCUGCGUUACAAGUUACUAUGUUAAGGGUCGUGCUCGGUACUGCGUCCCUACUUCUUAGCAGUUUUCGAUAUGCCAUGAAACCGUUGUCGCUCAUUGUCAUGAACGGUGCGGAAAUUACACCCCUCGAAGAAUUCAUUAUUCGUCGAUUAAUUCUCCAGACGUGGUUAAACGUGACCUCCAGUGGAAAGGGAUACAAUGCUAUUGCGAGAAGCAAUAUGUGAAAUAACACCUGGUAAGAUCAAAGUAAAUAUCAGACCUCUAUCCACCACACCUCAGAGUACUUUUGAUAGACGCUCCCUAGAAAGACUCAUGAUACAAAGCUCUCGUUAUCAAGCGGAAAUUUCGUAUAUGCAUAAAUGAUUAUAAACGUAACGAUGGGAGACGACAUUUCUAUAACAUUGUCGUGCCUUUUAAUGAAAGGAGCUGGUCUUUGGUUGGCGUCCAAUGCGGCAGAACAGCGACGGAGGUGGCUCGCUUUUACGUACACCAUCGGCAUGCUUUCUCUCGGUCUCUGCGUGAACUUUAUUGAUAUCUGUAACACCUUGGACGACAUUGGCAACGUCUUGUACGGUAUUUGCAACCUUACGUUUAUCAUCGUGGGGUUGUUAAAACUUUUCGUGUUGUUUUUGCAAAAAGCGAAAUUCGUUAAUUUGGUUCAGUACACGGAGUGCAACUUCUGGCAUUCGAAUUACGAUCCACAGGAGAAAGUACUUCUGGCUGAAUGUCGACGGAUUUUCACGUUUAUCAUUGUUUUCGCCUAUUGCAUACUAAACGCAUCAGUAGUCAAUUACGUACUCACGCCCUUAAUUAUGGACUAUGGUAAAAAUGUAUCGGAAAGAUCACUUCCAUUCACUAUGUGGACAGACUUGCCACUGAGUGUGUCGCCGUAUUACGAAAUCAUGUUCCUCAUACAGAUAAUGUGCGUGUUUCAAGUCGGAGUGUGCCAUAUUUGCUUCGACACCUUUCUGUCCUUGAUCAACUUCCACUUGGCCUAUCAAUUUCGUAUAUUACAGUACAGGCUGAAGAAUCUCUGGGAAUGCUCUGACAAAGACAGGGAUCUGACUGACUAUAUUAAUAAAUGUCACGUGACGUUGAGGAAGUGCGUUCGCCAGCAUCAGGCACUCAUCCAGUACUGCGAGAAAGUCAACGACCUAUACUCGCUGAACGUUCUUGUAUUUGUGUUGGCUUUAAGUUUAUUGAUCUGCUUGACUAUGUAUCAAGUAUUGAUGGUCAAUACUACUCUUACGAUGCGGGUGAUUUUCAUACUGCUCACAUUCGGAAGCUUUGUUGAAAUAGUGAUGUUCACGUACAGCUGCGACCUUUUGAUACAGGAAAGCAGGAACGUUGGCUUGACAAUCUACUCUGUGGGAUGGACCAAUUUGCCAAUGAAUACGAUUGGCAAGUCGCUGCGAACCAGUAUAAGUAUUAUCAUUCUGAGGGCGAAUCAACCGUGUUAUAUAACUGCCGGUGGCUUCUUCCCCAUGUCUUUGGAAACUGCCACCACUGUAUUUAGCACUGCAAUGUCGUACUUCACAUUACUGACAAAUUCAACCCAAGAGGAUGAUUGUCGAAUCAUUAAGCAAUUGUUGGUCUCUGGCACGCGAAAGAUCACGUGGAGCAACGUCACAGAAAGUUCAUGCUGUUUUACACGAUAUACGCGAUGCUGUACGGCGUGGUUCUCCAGACGAGAGACUUUUACUAUUCCUGGCCAAACCUCAGCCUAUUUGAACCCAGCCAUGCGCUCGGCGCAGAGUAAGGACGUGUCCAUCAUUUGGACGUGCUUCUUGAUGAAAACCGUCGGCUUGUGGAUGGCCGCCGAUCGCGCAGAGCAACAACGUAGAAACUUCGCGUUGAUAUACACCUGCUCUAUGCUCUUCAUUGCCACCUGCAUCGCGAUAAGGGACUUCUAUUACUCCUGGGGCAAUUUCAAUGACUGCGUUUAUAUCGCGUGCAAUAUUAUGUACCUCAUGGUCGUACUCUUUAAGAUCGCCGUUUUGUACACACACAGAGUGGAAUUCUUCGAUUUAAUUCUGUUCACGCAAAAGAAUUUCUGGCAUUCGAAUUAUAACCUACGGGAAAAAUUAAUUCUAGACGAGUACAAGAGAUUAUGCGCUCUUUUCAUCGUUAUUCUUAGCUUUUGCACACAAGGCACUUGCGCUGGUUACAUGGUGACGCCAAUUUUGGGAAAUAUCGGGAAAAACGAAUCCGAAAGGAUACUACCAUUUAACAUGUGGCUGGACUUCCCCACAGGAACCUCGCCUUAUUUUGAAGUACUAUUUUUAAUACAGAUGCUGUGCGUGUACCACGUAGGUGUGUGUUACAUUUGCUUCGAUAAUUUCUUGUGCAUCCUAAAUCUGCACGUAGCAAGCCAGUUUCAAGUGCUGCAAUACAGAUUGAUGAACUUGACCGACAUCCUCGAGAAAGAGAGACACAUUCGAGCGUCCGAUGAAAGCCUGUCGCGUUACGCGAGCACGUGCUAUCAAAAAUUGAGGAAUUGCAUUAAACACCAUCAGGCACUUAUGGAAUACUGCAGGAUGCUUGAGAAAAUAUUCACACUGAUAGUGUUGGGUCAGGUGUUGUUCUUGGCUAUGAUCAUAUGUCUCGUGGGAUACCAAAUAUUCUUGGCAGAAACGCCACCAUCGAGAAGCGUAAGUUUGGCGCUGACCAUGGCUGCUACUUUUUGUCAGCUCUUAAUGUUUACAUACAGCUGCGAUGGCUUGAUACGACAGAGCAGCAACGUCGGCGGUGCAAUAUUUUCAGCGCCAUGGGCCAUUUUUCCAAUGGAUCAAAUCGGCAAAUCGCUGCGCAAAAAUAUGACUAUAAUGAUUAUGAGGACGACCAGAUCUUGUUGCUUGACAGCCAGCGGCUUCUUUCCCGUUUCUUUGGAAACCUCCACUGCGGUUCUUAGUACAGCGAUGUCGUACUUCACUUUAUUAAGACAGUCGACACUUGAUAUGGAAAACGCACACUUAAAUUCAUGAAAUUAUUUGUUUAUAUUCAAUGUGCUCGUGUAAAUACAUUCAUACAUUCACUCAUUCAUUAACAUGUAAUUACUAAUACUUCUAAUACUUCGAACACUUGAACGUUUACAAAUUUCAAUAUUGACAACAUUACAACAAAAACAUUUACAUAGUACGUUCAUAUAAACUGUAAAUUUUUCUUGGAUGAAUAAAAUAACAAA